AUGGACAGCCCCAGCAAUGCCACCACCACCACCACCACCCCCUGCGGCUUUCUCCUCCAGGGCUUCUGGGAGUUCCCGCACCUGCGGCCGGCGCUCUUCGUGCUGCUGCUGGGCGUGCACCUGGCCACCCUGGGCGGGAACCUGCUCAUCCUGGUGGCCGUGACCUCGGCGCCCAACCCGCCGCCCAUGCUGCUCUUCCUGUGCCAGCUGGCGGCCAUCGAGUUCUGCUACUCGCUGGUGGUGGUGCCCCGCUCGCUGGCCGACCUGGCGGCCCCGCUGCGGGGCCCGGGCAGCCCCAUCUCCUACCUGGGCUGCGCCGUGCAGAUGCAGAUGUUCGUGGCGCUGGGCGGCACCGAGUGCUUCCUGCUGGCCGCGAUGGCCUACGACCGCUACGUGGCCAUCUGCCACCCGCUGCGCUACCCGGCGCUGGUGACGCCGGGGCUGUGCGGGCGGAUGGCGCUGGCCUGCUGCCUGGGCGGGCUGGCCGUGUCGCUGGGGCUCACGGUGGCCGUCUUCCACCUGCCCUUCUGCGGCUCCUGCCUGCUGGUGCACUUCUUCUGCGACAUCACGGCGCUGCUGCACCUGGCCUGCACGCGCAGCUACGCGGACGAGCUGCCGCUGCUGGGCGCCUGCCUGGUGCUGCUGCUGCUGCCCUCGGCGCUCAUCCUCACGUCGUACGGGGCCAUCGCGGGCGCGCUGCGCCGCCUGCACUCGCCCGAGGGCCGCAGCAAGGCCGCCUCCACCUGCGCCUCGCACCUGGCCGUCACCUUCCUGCACUACGGCUGCGCCACCUACAUGUACGUGCGCCCCAAGGCGGCCUACACCCCGCAGAGGGACCGCGUCCUGGCGCUCGUCUACACCAACGUCACGCCGCUGCUCUACCCGCUCAUCUACAGCCUGCGCAACCGCGAGAUCACCUCGGCCAUCGGCCGGGUGCUGGGGCGCUGGCGGGGCUCGGGGUGA